UAGACGGCUUAUUUGACUCGUUUGCCACCCUUUCACACCACCGUCAACUAACGCCGUCAGUUUAUCGACACGGCGGUUCCAACUGGUGCAGGUCUCUCUCUCAAUAUCUUCCUCCUUUUUUCCACCGCCUCUCUCUCUCCCUCUCUCGUCGUCACUGAGAAUGAGCUGUUCCCAAAUCUAACCUAAAAUCGAUUUUGAUGGUGUUUGCGUGUGUCUCUAUUUUGGACGUCGAUUGAGAUUGCUGUAAUUCUGAAUUAGCUUCGAAUUUUAGGGCUUGUAGAUCAGAUCACUGUUUCCGUUUGAUUUGAAUCGUGUAAAGAUGUGUUUUUGCUGCUUUUGUGCUUGAUUGCUGCUGAAAGAGGUGGGGCUUUUGAUUUCACUGAAACAUUCGCAUAAGGAUGCCUACAAAAGAGCAGAUUGGGGAUAAUUUACUCACAAACUUAUCCAUGGAGAGCAGCCAUUUAUCCACUCUGUUAUCCAUGGAUUCGAGCUCUUCGAAUCAGGAUGAGAGGGUGAGAGAGUUCAAUCGAUGCGUUAACCUUUUGCAUCUCCCUCCGGAUAUCAAUCUGCCCCUCUGUGCUGAGCCCAGCCCCCCUCCCCAGCAUACAUGGAAUGAUGCUUGUGAAAUGUUGGAGGUCAGCCUUGCGCCUCAGAACUACGACGUUGAGAUCACUGGUAACGGUGUGUCUAAGGUUGGGAAGAAGUGUGCGAACGCGAAGCGCCUUGACAGCGUUUGGGGGGCGUGGUUCUUCUUUAGUUUCUACUUCAGGCCUGCUCUGAAUGAGAAGUUCAAGGGGAAGAUUGCGCGGGAGGCUAAUGGGGUUUGCGAUGGGUAUGAUAAGACGGAUUUGAAGCUGGAGGUUUUCCUGGUGCAGCAUGAUAUGGAGAAUAUAUAUAUGUGGGUGUUUAAGGAGAGGCCGGAGAAUGCUUUGGGGAAGAUGCAGUUGAGGAGUUAUAUGAAUGGGCAUUCGCGCCAGGGGGACCGCCCCUUUCCGUUUAGUGCGGAGAAGGGUUUUGUCCGAUCUCAUAGAAUGCAGAGGAAGCAAUAUAGGGGGCUUUCUAAUCCUCAGUGUGUUCAUGGCAUAGAAAUUGUUCCAUCUCCUGUUCUUGCAGGACUUGACGAGGAAGAUAGGAAGAGAUGGAAGGAGCUGACGGGGAGAGAUAUUAAUUUCUCAAUCCCUCCCGAGGCUAGUGAUUUUGGGUCGUGGAGAAACCUCUCUACAAUGGAGUUUGAGAUUGAGCGACCUUUGCAGCUGAAAGGUAAUGUGAAUUCACAGGUCAAGAAACUUCACAAUGGUCCUGCUCUGAAUCUGUCAGCUAAGCCUCGGGAUAAUCUAAACGGUGAGGUAAUGGAGCUGAAGGGAGCUGCCCCUGCUGCUAAGCGUAAAAAGAACUUCUUUCCACACGGAAGUGACGAUGAUUGUGAUUUGGCGAGCGACUCCCAGGACAGGAUCUUGGAGAUUCAUGCCAUCGAGCCCUCUUGGCUAAGCGAGUUUGGUGGUGUUAUGAGGAGUGCAUAUGGCCCGGUGACAGCUGCAAAAACUAUUUAUGAGGAUGAUAAAGGAUUCUUGAUUCUCGUCAGCAUGCCGUUUGCUGAUCUGCAGAGGGUGAAGGUAACAUGGAGGAACACUCUCUCACAUGGGAUCGUGAAGAUAUCCUGCGUGAGCACUGGUUGUAUGCCGAUUAUCAAGAGAAAAGAUAGGACAUUCAAGCUGACCGAUACAGCACCUGAGCACUGCCCUCAAGGGGAGUUCAUCAGGGAAAUUUCGCUUCCAACUCGCAUCCCGGAAGACGCCAAACUGGAGGCGUAUGGGGACUCAACGGGGACUAUGCUCGAGAUCCUCGUGCCAAAGCAUCGCGUUGGGCCAGAAGAGCACGAGGUUCAUGUGUGCCUCCGCCCUUCUCCUUGGACUGAUCCAGCUUAUGUGGAUUGGACAGAAGCCUUGGUAUGAAAUAGUCCUUAGAUUCUUUUCAAUUAUUUGAUUAUCUGCUGCUAUCAUUCUGAUUCAGCCCUUAAAAUGUUAUAUAUUUCUUGUUUUUCAAAUGUCUCUUUCUGUUUGUCGCUACUUCACUUAAUCAAAGAAAACAUUGUCACA